UGUUCAUAAAAUAUUAGUAUUAUAAACGACAUUAACUUUAAGCAUAAAAAAUAAUUAAAAAUGCCAUUUACAGCUGAUUCCGCUGCACACCAAAUACAAGAAAGAUUAAAAAUUAUAUAUCAAUUAGUUCAUGAAGUGGAGAAAGCACGUAACCAUUCUGAAAUAAACUUAAAUAAUAUAACAAAGACUCAUGACAAAGUAAAUCCAGAUGAGAAAUUAUCACCAUUUUAUCAACAAAAAUUAAAGGGUAUUUAUAGUUUAGCUGUUGAUGAUGCUCAUCAAGAAGAAGAUUUAUUAAGAAAAACUUUAGAAAAAAUAAAUGAAAUUAGAUCAAUUAGGAAUGAAAGAAGAAUACAAGCUCGUAAUGCAGGAAAUAAGGAAACUAUUAGACGUGGUGCUCUAAUGAAGAUGUUAUUAAGUACCGCACAAACAUUACCAUUAUAUGUAGGCAAAUUACCAGGGGCUAAAGCACCUGCUUUAUGUGGAGCAAUUCCAGCAGAACCAACUUAUAUAGCUAAGAUGGGUGAUAUGGUAGCUGCUUUAGUGAAAGGUUCAGAAGAAGAAGAAAAUUGGAUUUUAGCAGAAGUAGUACACUUCAAUCCUACAACAAAUAAAUAUGAAGUAGAUGAUAUAGAUGAGGAACAAAAAGACAGACACAUAUUGUCUAGACGCAGAGUUGUUCCUUUACCACUAAUGAGAGCAGAUCCAGAAACAGAUCCUCAUGCAUUAUUUCCAAAAGGUUCGAUAGUUAUGGCUUUAUAUCCUCAAACUACAUGCUUUUAUAAAGCAGUUGUUAAUCAUUUACCAACUUCUGCGCAAGAAGAAUACGAAGUACUUUUUGAAGAUGCUACAUAUGCUGAUGGAUAUUCACCACCUUUAAAUGUACCACAACGUUAUGUUAUUUCUAUUAAAGAAAGCAAAAAAAAUAAAAUUCAAUCAUAG